AAAUAAUAAGAGAUCUACAUCAAGUUUAUUCUCAUACUUCCUACUCUUUAAAUAAUCACUUUUCCACUUUCACAUAUAUAUUUUAAACCAAAAUUGGUAUCAAGAGCCCACCAUUAAAUAUACACUACAUAAAUCAUCCCAAUCUAACUAAUUAAUACAAAUUCUAAAUCCCAUACUUAAAAUUUCCAUUACUUAAAUUGAACUCCAAUAUAUAAUGGCAUCAUCAACAUCAAACUCUUCAUUUAAUUAUGCCGCAAAUGAUUGGGUAUUAAUAUUUAACGACGAAAGCUAUGAUUAUUGGAGCAUCGGAAUGAAGACCUUGUUAGUAUCAGAAGAUGCUAAUGAAUUAAUAACUUGGGAUGAUGAUAAAAAGAAAGAUUACUUGGAGAAUCAAAACAGAGAUAGUGGAGCUCUCUCAUACCUCCAUAAAAGAGUUUAUGGGACCAUCUCUCCGAGGAUUAUGGCCGCCACAACAGCUAAGGAUGUCUGGACGAUAUUACAAACUGAGUUUAAGGGCUCCAACAAGCAGCAGCAGCUCAGCAUUUGACCACCAUCUGCAUUCAUUAGCAACAAUCAGGCGAUCAGAAACCAUCAGUUUGACAAAAAACAGAAGUAUGUACUGAUUUUUGUUUGAAUUAUCCCCAAUAAAUCUAAUACAUAAAUUUAUAUUAAUACAUGAUCAUCAUGCCCAAUAAAUCAUCGAUCAAAACCAAAUCUAAUACAUGAAUUCAUAUUAAUACAUGCAUUCAAAUAUUAAUCCUAAUCCUAAUCAAAACCAAAUCUAAUACAUGAUCAAAACUCACAAAAGUUCAUAAGCACCUCAAAGAAACCUUAAUCUUUUGUCUACCUAAACUUCAUGCAACAUUCAAGAAAACCUGCCAAAACAAUAAGAAAACAACAUAAGAAUCUUUCUUUGAAUAAUGAAUGUAAAUUAAAAAUUAGAAGAAUUCAAUUAUAUCACCCAAAAUCAGAGGGUUUUGAUUUUGGUUUCUUUGAAAAAGUUGAGAAGCAAUGGUGAUCAAGAAUUAGAAUUGGUUUAGUGCAUUAUAUAAGCAACCUACAUGCAAAAACACAAUAGAAAAAGGCAACCUACAUGCAAUCUACCACAUGUGUGUAACACCAAAGAUGAAGUGCAAGAUGAUAAACAAAAACACUAUUUAUUUUCAAAAUGUGAAUAGUGCAGAAGCCUUA